GCUGCAUUCGACAGACUCAGCAGGGAAAGCGAUGCACGACUGCGUCUUGCAUCUGUUCCAGAGAGUUUGUCCAUGGGUCACAGAGAAAAUCUGUCUAAGCGUCCAUAUUUCCACGGCUCACAGAAUCUACAAUCAACGAAAAAGAGGGCAUCGACCGGCUGGCACAUGACUGGCAAGCAACGGGAAGCCAUCUAUCUCAGGCGACCGUCAACGUUGACCGUCGCCGCCCUUCCCUCACUCAUACUUCCGUUCCGUCAAGAAGCUGAAUGGGCAUGUCUCCGCCAGGGAAAAUCCCACGAACACCCUCAGAGACGACUGAGAAGGAUAGUACAGCGGCGUGCCCUUGAUGUAAUCCGUUUUGUCUUGUCUUGUCGAGCCGCCUGCUUUGCGGCAGCUGUAGGUGUUGCAAAGGAUGUCGGUGCGUCGCCUUGCAGCCACACGGUGUGGAUCUCCAGACCAUCGAGAAGACCCUCGUUCCCGAGGGCCUCGAGAGCCCGCUCGAUUGUCGGCUUCCUGUCUUCUGGCCCCUGGUCGGCUUCCUUGUUCUGGUAGCCCCAGAUCUGGCGCAGCUCGCCGUCCUUGGUCACAAAGACGAAGGAGUCCCAGCCCUGGAAUUGGGGGUUUCCAGGGUCAAGCAAGUAGGACACGUAGCCUUCGUUCAUCUCCUUCCGCACUCCGUAACGAUUGAAGCACUCAAUGAGCUGCGGCAGGUCCUUCGCGUCUUGAACAGGCACUCGCACGAUCCCUCCGAAUGGGCAGCCACGGGUACUGAUCACCGGAGGCGGCAGAAGGUCUGCUGGCGUGCCGGUCAGCAACGAUGUGGGCGACUGGGAUCCAUCCAUUGCCAUGGUGUGGCUGUCCAGCAGUCGUAGAAGUACGGCAGCCUUGGUCACCCCCUCCCACCGCUUCCCAGAGCCUCGCGGCAGCAGCACCUGUCGCAGAUAUUUGUCCACCAUGCCGAUGCAGUUGAUGAAAGGGCCGCCGAACUUGGUCACCAGCUGCUCGUUCUCCGAAAGGGACAUUGCUUCGCCCACAAA